AUGGAUAUUCCCAACUAUCCACCCGCGAAGAAAUCUAGAAUUGAUGAAGGUUCUACUUCUAAAGAGAACGAAGACGGAAAUGAUCCCAGGUUCAACCUCUCCCCUAUAAGGGAAGAAGUAUACGAAGACGAUCUCCAGAAAACCAUUGAAUCCCUACAAGAAGCUCUGAUGGAAACCAAAAAAAGACUUAAGAAAGCAACCGACAGAGUUCAAGACUACAGAAGACAACUUAUGGUCUCAAAGAAAGAGGAGACUUUCCUUCUUCCUCCCAAAAAUCUCUCAACACUUAGUAAAAUGAGUUCUUCUAAUUCAACUCCUGCGAAACGAGCAUUGGAUGAGAAAGAGAAUCUCAUUCCUUCAAAGAGGGCAAGGAAUGGAGAUCCAUCGUCUUCAAAGGCGGGGACCAAAGAGCAUACCAAAGAGCAAGGUUCCACAUCUCGAAUCAACGAUGAACCAGGCGAUUCAAUCGUUGAAAUAUUUGUAGUGUCUGAAGAGUUGUAUGAGGAAAACCCUCAAAAUUCCAUCGAAGGCUUAAAAGGAUUCCUGGAGGAGGCCGAAAGAAAUCUGCAAAAUGAGUACGAACGAAACCAAUCUUAUACAGACGUGCUUAGAGCAGCCAAAGAUGCGUUGAGUAGAGUUCGUGAUAAUGCUUGGGGCCAUUCUCGCAAUCAGAAUGUUUAUCGAUUACAAGAAUACCUGUUAGAUCUUGCAGCCCAUGACAUGCUGGUAGUAGGAAUGGACACCUCGGAUACCGCCGUUGAGUGGACAAUGUCAGAACUUAUAAGGCACCCAAGAGCAAUGAAGAAACUACAAAAGGAGUUGGAAGAAGUUGUGGGCAUGAACAGAAUGGCUGAAGAAUCAGAUUUGGAUAAAUUGAACUACUUAGACAUGGUAGUGAAGGAGUAA